AUGGCGGAUUUUUCGAAGUUUCCUCCGUACCAGAUUUACAAGAAGAGUGUUGCGGCGGGAGAGCUGUCACUGCCUCCAUAUGACUUGUUUGGUGACUAUAUCAAAUUCUACCCUGGUGAGCUGUUCUGUCGGGUGCCUGGUUGUACGAAGAGUACGCAUCAAUACUUCUCCCUCCCGAACCUCAAGAAGCACGUCGAAAGUCAUGAAGGGUAUAUUGUCUACAAGGGAACCGUGGGCGGCCGGAUCCCCCAGAAGGAGAUUGAUACUGCAGCUGCAUGGUAUACGAAGAUUACUACAGUUGAAGAGUCGUCCUCGAGUGCUGUCUUCUCCCCCGCUUCCUCCCGGGCCCCCUCUGCUGCAGUGUCCCCCGCUGCAUCCCGUCCCUCCACCCGUGGCCUCGCGACUCCCGGCCCUGCCUCCGCUCCCCGCCCCCCGCGAGCGUCUCGUCCCCAAGUUGAAGAGACUGCCGAUGAUGUUGAGUGGAUUAAGCCUCCUUUGCCGUUGGGAAGGAAUAACGCUUUAAAGUACGGGGAGAUGCGCCGGUAUGCCAAGACUGUGGACCAGGAUGUGCCCUGUGAAGGGUGCCAACCCAGCGGCCGUCGAUGCCCAGUGAAGCGAGCCUCCUGCGAGCCUUAG